AGCCGGUUUGAAGAGCUAGGUACAUAAAUAUCUGUAAGCCCGAAAGCGUGUUUCUUUGUUAUCUUGCACGUUGCUGCACUCGUCCUGCAGAAGGUUAAAGAUCCCAACUUAAACAAAAUGUCCAAGCCACGAGGACUACUCGAACGUCUGGAUGCUGGAGAGGUUGUGGUUGGAGAUGGCGGGUUUCUGUUUUGCAUGGAAAAACGUGGUUAUGUUAAAGCUGGACCGUGGACUCCUGAAACGACAGUGGAGCAUCCCGAAGCAGUUCGUCAGCUGCAUCGAGAAUUCUUACGAGCGGGUGCCGAUGUCAUGCAGACAUUUACCUUCUACGCCAGCGAAGACAAGUUAAAGAACAGAGGAAAUGAUGCUAUCAAAAUUGGGUGCGAAGCUGUAAAUCAAGCAGCAUGUGACCUAGCUAGAGAGGUAGCAAACGAAGGAGGAGCUCUUGUAGCUGGCAAUAUUUGUCAGAUACCAUCAUAUCUUAGUGGCAAGGGAAAAGAGGCAUGUCAGGCUGAGUACAAGAAGCAAUUAGACGUGUUUGUCAAGAAUGACGUGGAUUUUCUCAUUGGAGAGCUGUUUGAGCACGUCGAGGAAGCAGAGUGGGCGACAGAAGUCAUGAAAGCCACGGGGAAACCAGUUGUUUGUUGUCUAACUAUCUCAGCCAGUGGUGACCUUAAUGGUGUGUCUGUGAAAGACUGUACCCUGCGUCUUGCUAAAUCUGGUGCUGAUGUCAUCGGUGUCAAUUGUUUCUUUGAUCCUGAUGUUUGCAUCGAGACAGUACGUCUGAUGAAAGCAGCUUUGGACGAAGCCGGGAUAAAGAAACAUCUCAUUAUCCAGCCCAUAGGCUUCAAAACCCCGGAGAGUUUGGGCGGGAAAUUUAAACUUGGCUUUUGUGGACUUCCAGAUUUUCCAUUCGGUUUAGAAUCUCGUAUUCUAACGCGAUGGGACUGUCAUAGAUACGCUCGUGAGGCAUAUGAUCUUGGCGUUAGAUACAUUGGUGCAUGUUGUGGCUUUGAACCCUAUCAUGUCAGAGCUAUUGCCGAAGAACUUGCAAAGGAACGUGGUAAAUACCCACCAGCAAGUGACAAGCACGGCCUAUGGGGAAGCGCCCUUAAACAGCACACUUAUCCAUGGGUCAGACCAAGGUCAACAAGGUCUUACUGGGAGAACGUAGAACCAACUAGUGGUCGUCCUUAUGCUGGAGCAAUGAGAAAGACAGUGGACAUCUUUAAUAGGUCAUCAGGACAUCAAGACAUGAAGCAACAAGUAGAAAUGACGUCAGAGAAAGAAGUCCAAGAGCUGAAGGAUCGUAUUGAGAAAAGCACGACUCACGUUGGAAUGUGAAUGGAAUAUGAUAGUGCAUAACUUGUUUAGUUCUCAUUAAUAUUAAAUACUUCAAUUUACAUUCAA